AUGCCGAUUCAACAGCCCGCCAACCAGAUCAAACUGACCAAUGUGUCGUUGGUGCGGUACAAGAAGGGCAAGAAACGCUUCGAGCUCGCGUGCUACAAGAACAAACUACUCGAAUACCGGUCAGGAACCGAGACCGACCUCGACAACGUCCUCCAAGUGCCAACCAUUUUCCUGAACGCUUCCAAAGGCGAAACUGCCCCGAAUGCGGAACUCGUCAAGGCAUGGCCCAUGCCCACGCAUCAAGAGAAACAAGAAUCGGGGGGAAAAGGCGGGGGAAAGGGAGGGAAGAAGGCCAAGGGGAAAUCUGCAAACGAUGAGGGGGAGGAUGAAAAGUCAUGGAAGGACGCCAUCAUUGAAGAAAUCCUGAAAAAGGGCGAGAUCCAAGUGAACGCCAACGAGCGCAAGGAACUACUGGAUAGAAUGGAGAAAGAGAUCGUGGAAGAGGUGGCCCAGAGACUCGUCGACCCGCAGACCAAGAGAGUCUACACCACAGGCAUGAUCAAGAAGGGACUCGAUGUCCUCUCGAAACAGGGUGGUCAUGUCCCAUCACAGGACUCUUUGGGUCAUAAACUCGGCAAGCUAAAUCUGGGCGAAGGUGUCAAGAAGGGCGCUGCCGCACCAAAGGGAUCUAGCGAGACGAGCGGGCAAGCGACGCCAAUGACCGACGACGACGACGAGUCUGCGUCUGGAAGCAACUCUAAGGGCAAGAGAAGCGACGUGCCGACGUGGACUGGGGUCGUGACCAACAAAUCCGUCAAGCAGCAGGCUCUUGAGGCAAUCCGUGCUUUGAUCGCCUGGCAACCCAUUCCGGUCAUGCGUGCACGUAUGAGACUGCGAAUCACUUGUCCCACCAACAUCGCAAAGCAGGCGGCCAAGUCCAAGGUUGUCAGCACAAGCACAGAUGCUAGCGAAGACGCCGGAGCCGAUCAAGGCAAAGGCACCAUCAAGGAUCGCAUUCUUUCCUUCGUCGAGCAGGUCGAGAGCCAGGAGGUGCUGGGUGAGGAGUGGGAAGUCGUGGGGUUCGUGGAGCCGGGCGCCUUUAAAGCCUCGGGGAAUUCAUCGCCGCGAGAUGAAGGGGAGAGGGAGGCUAGAAGUGCUGGACAUGGCCGUCACACAUACGGAUGA